CGUCGGACUGAUUUCCUUUAUUUAAAUACUGGUUUUCGAACUACAUUGUUAUGUUGAUUUUUAUCUUAUUAAAACAUUCGACAUCGUUCCGCGACACAAGAAUCUCCAAAGCGAUCGAAGGAGUGACAACUUUCCCUUAAACGGCCAGUAACCGUCUAAAUUUAGGCGUGAUCAGAUGAAGACUGCUCUGGAGGGGCCACAUUGAGCCGGAGAAACUGAUAUCAAAGCAGAAAAGAAGACUUAGUUGUAGAACUGAAAUCUAUUUUCCUGUUGUAUUUCCUUCAUGGAACGUGCGACAAUUCGCUUAAUUGCACUGGUAGUUGUUUAUAUUUUCUACCUUUCUGUGGGUGCCGCCAUCUUCUCGUCGAUCGAAGGACCGUACGAACAGAGAAUCUUGUCUGAUCUGCGUAAGAAGCGAGACGAGUUUCUGUUAAAACAUCCCUGUGUUACGGAGAAAGAGCUGGAGAAUUUUGUCAAGCAUGUGGUGGCGGCCCAAGACAUGGGAAUUCAGCCUCUUAGAAAUGAGAGUGACAAGAAGAGCUGGGGAUUCGGCAGUUCAUUUUUCUUCGCCGGAACUGUUGCAACUACCAUAGGUAAGGAAGGACAAAUAUUAUUUAACAGGUGACCGGCAGGUAUUGAAAACCCGUAUCAACUAGUUAAUGGUAGAAGCAUAAAGAAUGUGCUUAAAAUUUCAAUUAUACAACUUUUUAGUUAGCUACUGCCGGUUCGGCAAACUACUCAACUUCUAAUUUUUGUACUCGAUGAUAGAGGUCUCGAAUUAGAUGGAAAUGACUGAUUCAUUUGUGGUUCAUCUAAACAAGAAAGACGAGGAACAGAGGUGAUAACUCAGGCCGCGAUCGACUUCAGUGAUGAGUAUUAUUUCCAAUGCUCAUUAAUAAAUAAGAGAAAUGGUCACUUUUUAUUUAUUUUUAACAAAGAGAUAAAUUAUCUUACCAAGUUAACGAGCUUCGACACCUGUCAUCACAUCUGCUUCCAGAAAAAUCAUCCAGUUCAAAAAUUCUCUGUUCUGUCCAAGUAAUGUCCUUCAAAAUCAAAAAGUAUAUAUUGUGGCUGGUUUUAGAUUUACGAAUGAGGUUUCGUCUUUUUUCGCGAAAAGUCCUGAAUUCGAUUUAAGCAUAUCGUCAGCGAUCAACUGAAAACAAGAUCGACUUUCAAAAGUCUCACUUCAGGAACUUUAGUUAUUCAGUGAUCAAGGUCAAGCGUUUUGCUUUGAGGCUUUUAGUUCUGAGCGACCAAACUUUCAUGAGUCAUAUUGAUUAUAUGGCACAUCACAAAAACUGACUAAACUGUCGCAUCUGUCUUCACCAGAUCAUGUACAUGAUUGCCAAGUAGCGCCGGCCUGGCUAUGGACAGCUCAGCUGUGCACCUGCUAGGGGAACCCGAGGAGUAAAAUCGAGGGCAGCUUUAGGGGGAUUAUGUGUAACCUUAAAAAAAAUAAUGUGGGCAGUGUAUAAUACCAUCAGCUUAUUUAUUCAAAAUACAUUGGCUAGCUUUGCGCAAAUUACAUCAGUUACGAUUCAGUUUUUGAUUGGCCAAUAACUUCAAUAUGAUUUAACCUCCAAGAACAUGCAUACACUUUCUCCGGCUUAAUAGCGACAAAUGAAACCAAACCUGGGAAAUACCUCUGCUCUCGAUGGCUAUUUAACAAAUCGACCACAAUGUUCCACGGUCUUCACUCUUAUAGACCAUAGAAAUGACGUCAUAGAAUGUUUAAAACUCAAGUUGAACCACAAGCCGCAGGCGAGUGGUUUCACUGCAAAGUUUUGAACAUUUUAUGGCGUCAUUUUUAUGGUCUACAAGAGUGUAGACCAUGGAAAAUUGUGGAAAAUUUUUUUUUUACAAUAACAUUUAGUUUUUUACGAAAAACAAAAAACCGGCACUGCGUGACAUGUUACGUCAUUUCCAUGGUCUACACUCUAAUUGACCAUAGCUCUCGACUAAUCAUCGCGCGAGGAUUCGCUCAGUUGUUGUAAAAAUCUUAUUGCAAUGGACACCGUCUCGUACAGCAUUUUUGGCUUUACUUGACGAGUGCUUCGAAGGAUCACACAAGAUGAGGAGACUAAAAGAAUGCAAAAAACUAAACGUAGAUUUUGAGAGAGAAACCUGGAUACUAGACAGUGAAUUGUUGAUGAUUAUACAAAGUUUUUUUUUUUUCUUUUCAGGGUAUGGUAAUGUUUAUCCAUUAUCUGAAGGUGGCAAGGUGUUCUGCAUGGUGUUUGCAGUUUUUGGUAUUCCCAUGACAGCUAUAAUGCUGACAGCCAUAGUGGAGCGUCUACUGCAAUUAGCAGAUUACAUUGAGAAGUAUCUAUGCAGCAAGUGUACAGUGCGCGGGGUUCCGCCGGCGUAUCUCCGCUGUCUCCAUCUGUCACUCAUCAUGUGCGCCGCCAUUGUACUUGUUAUUAUAAUUCCUGCUAUUUUCUUUAUGUUACUCGAGGACUGGAGCUACUUUGAAGCGCUUUACUUCUGCUUUAUUUCACUGACCACCAUAGGUCUUGGAGAUUUUGUUCCUGGUGACUCUCCAAGCUGGCGAAAGAGUGACUAUCGUCCUCUUUAUAAAGUUUGCUGCGUGUUUUUCUUCGUAACCGGACUCACUUUCUUACUUUUGAUACUUGAACUUUGCGCCAAGGUCCCGGAUGACCAUCCCGGUAUGCUUUUCUCGUGUCACAAGCCGUUUAUCCGUGAAGAGGAAGAUGAGGUUGAACAAAAUGGAACUAGAUUACGUCCAAGAUAUUCAAUAUCCAGUAGGGGAAGCAGCUCAUCAUCUCCCCGGGAGAAAGAAAACGAAAGACCUUCCAGGAACACGUACGAAAGAAUAUCUUCUCGUGAUAAUAAUCGGUGAUACUGCUAAUUGUCUAAUAAUGUGUUGCUCGUUACUUUAUUUUUUUGUAAGUAAUAGCAUAAUUUGGAGUGAAAUUAAAGCAAGAGUGACGGAAGCCCUGCCGGAUUAAAGGGCCGGGGGAGGGUGAGUGGGAUUAGCACAACUAGCGAUCGGGAAGUAAUAGAUGAGGGUAGGUGUACUGUGGUAUCAGAGUUGCCGGUGACUUUUAUUAUUCGACAUAAUAUAUCAAAUAGAGUAGUGCAG